UAUGCCAUCCAACUCGCCCGGGUUUCUGGCAUUGAGUCUGCAAGAUCGGUUUGGAAGACAUUGGCAACCCAACCACAGUGCUGCAGCCUGCAGCACCUGAAGUUGGACUUCAGUACAUAUAAGAGGAGAACAACCAAAUCUGUCGGCUUGAGUUCUAAACAACAGGAAACACUGAGAGCUGGGAAGAGUCUGAGAUGGCUUAUGCAAGCCCUGGGACUGAUACAUCGACAGAUCUAGAUACUGACGAGAAGAAUCAAAUGUUGGAACUAGGACAGCUUGCUUCCCUUACAGCUUCCGGUUCUGGUGACAAAUCAAACGACAAGCUAGGUCAAAAGGCACUCCGCCGUCUGGCCCAAAACCGUGAAGCUGCUAGGAAAAGCCGUCUAAGAAAGAAGGCAUAUGUUGAGCAACUUGAGAAUAGCAGGCUGAAACUUGCUCAACUGGAGCAGGAACUCCAGCGUGCUCGCAAACAGGGCAUUUUUAUUCCUACUCCGGGAGACCAGCCUCAUUCAACUAGUGAAAAUGCUCUGGCAUUUGACAUGGGCUAUGCACGGUGGCAAGAGGAUCACAAGAAGCAGAUAGAUGAAUUGAGGACUGCACUCAAUGCACAUGCCAGUGAUGACGAUCUUCGGCGUAUUACUGAUAGCAUCAUGGCUCACUACUGCGAAGCUUUCAGGCUUAAGGGUGCAGCAGCCAAGGCAGACGCUUUUCACGUGCUGUCAGCAAUGUGGAAAACCCCUGUUGAGAGGUGUUUUCUAUGGCUAGGUGGAUUUCGACCGUCAGAGCUUCUUAAGUUGCUUGCUAGUCAUCUGGAACCCCUUACUGAGCAGCAGCUUGCCAGUAUAUGCAACCUGCAACAGUCCUCGCAACAGGCUGAGGAAGAUCUUUCUCAGGGGGUGAAAGCACUGCAACAGUCGGUCGCGAAAACCCUUGCAUCAGGACCCCUGUGUCCUGCAGGUUCUUCUGGUAGUGCUGCAGAUUGCUCGGGGCAGAUGGCAGUGGCAAUUGGGGAGCUUGGCACUCUAGUAAACUUCCUUGAGGAGGCUGACAAUCUGCGACUCCAGACUCUUCAGCAAAUGCAGCGCAUAUUGACCACCCGCCAAUCUGCGCGGGCGCUGCUUGCAAUCAGCGACUACUCCUCCCGGCUACGCGCUCUGAGCUCUCUCUGGAUUGCCCGUCCACGGGAAUGAAUUCAGUUGGCUCAUCAGUUGGUCAUGAGUGGGCACAUCAAUUUGUCAUCAGUGACACAUCAAUGGGUAUUCGAUAUCAUUCAAUAAAUCUUGCUUGUGAACAGGAGUUUAGUCAUUCCUUUCCCCGUGUGCCAACUAUGUAAAUAUAAACAUCCCCUUGUGCCAACUAUGUAAAAUGGGAACGUAUAACAAUAGCUGUUGCUUGUGAACAGGAUUUAGAA